AUGCCUACCACGAGAGAAAUCCAUCGUGGACAGCACAUCCCCUUGGUUUUCAAGCAAGACUCUUCAAUUCUCUCGAGGCCGUCACUGGAGUCAACAAGCGGCUCUCCGCCAUUAUCCCCCUUGGGCAUCGACGAGGAGCUGGCAGAAACGCCCCGCUCAAGGUCCCUGGUUGUUUCCGGGGAAUCUGCCUUGGAUGCCAUUAACACGGCGGCCAGCGACGUCGUGCCGGCUGGACAAGACCUGGAUCGGAUCGAGCUAGCCAACAGCGUGGCAGAAAUCUCCGAUAAUCGUGCAUCUCUUAUCAAAAUUGCAGACAAGGACGACAAUGUUUCAUCAGUGGCAGAUCUUGCCUCGGCAUAUCGCAAUCCUUGUAUCAUUGUCGAAUCGCUCUUAGACGACACCGAGGGCCUUGAGGUUGCCCGGGGGCUGUCCCAUAAGCUGUACAUCGCAGAGCCCGCCACGGUAUUGGUCGGCAUGGUGGACAACAACAAUGUGAUUAGCGCCAACGAUGAGGUUAAACAGGGAGUGGCCUCCUUCAUGCGGGCAAAGGUCCCCGGCGUGGACGUCCUCGUCACUCUGGUACUCGAGGCCCUGGAGAAGAUGACUAAACUGUUUGGGGACGUCAGCGACGUGACAAGGGAAGCCAUUGUUGAUGAGGGGCACACAAUGAGACGAGUCAAUGCCCUGCCACCCGACUGGAGCAAGGUAACGGCUCUGCUAAGCACGAACAUGAAGUAUUGCACCGACAUUGCUAUGAAGUCAGUAGCCUUUUUCCAGAAGUCUGCCAUUGGCGUCAACAUGAGCUCGCAGCAGGCUCGCCAGGUGCACUCUGCGGCCGUCAACAUGGCCAUGAUGUACAGUAACAGCAUGGCGUCUGCCUUCCAGGUGGAAAGAAGAUGUGGCCUCUUUAUGGACGGCUGCAAGAGCCACGUCGGCUCUCCCGUGGACAUAGAGAAGUUCACAGGCCGGCAACAGUUGCAGGUCAACUUCGAUACUAUCUUUGGAGGAAACGACGAAACCAUCUCCAAAGAAUGGGGUACCAUAUACGGACCAGCCGCCUACUUCGUCUCCAAUACCCCCAGAGGGAAUCAUAUCAGCCUGACUCCGAUGACCCUGAGGCCAAAGUGGACUGCGCUCAUGGUUCUCGAUCAAAAGAGGCCAGACUCGGCUCUCUACGAGCUCACAGAAGAGGACGUCACCACGCUGCAUAUCAAAGGCCAUGACAAGCUUGAGCUUGCAGCCUUCAGUGUUCAGAAAGCCACCGUAGUCGAUUUGCUCUGGCGACCUGAAAACACCAAUAUAAUGGCAUACGGGUACGAUGCGGGGCGCCUUGGCCUCACCGAAGAAGAGUACCUGAUGCUUACCAAUGAGGUAUUCCAAUCCCCCAGCUACUACCACAGCAAGGUGGCGAUGCAGUAUGGGAUCAGCCCUGUCCACGAGCCCUUUGGCUACAAGACGUCGUCCGGCCUCCAUGACAAGUCCCCCAACGGAAACGGUCGCAGCUGCUAA